AUAGAAUCACACAUAACUAAAAACUCUCAUAUUGUCAAAAAAAAAAAAAAAAACUCUCCUCUCAUAGAAUCAUGAGUCAACCACCAACAAGAAAGAUAUCAUUCUCAUGGGAAAAGAAGCCAGGAAUCCCUAAGGAAAGUAUUAUUAGUACUCAUGGUGAAAAAUUAAUCCAAAAAGAUGAUGAUUUUUUGCAUAAGUUACCACCUCCUCCAAUUUCUUCACUAGAUGGAUCAACUACUCCUAGAAAUCAUGUUCAUGAUUUUCAAAUUCCACUUCCUCCUUGUGCUUUUCAACCUCCUUAUUAUAGAACUACUUCUAAGAAAGGUAUUUGGGUUCAAGAUGAUGAUCCUUUCUUAGCAGCUUAUAAAGAGUGUACCAAGAGUAAGAAAAGUGGUAUGAAGGACAAAAAGUUGAGUAGGGGUGGUAGUAGUAGUUUUUGUGAAUCAAGGUUAAUGAGAAAUAUGUCUUUUUUUUCAUGUAAGAGAUCUUGCAAUGUUAGAGACAAUAAUUUGGUAAGAAUCUCCCAUUCACCACAAAACAUAGAUUGAGAUUGAUAUGUGUGUUUCAAUUAAUUAAUCACAUAGCUAGUAUUUACUUUCAUGAACUUGUGUUCUAUUGGGACAAGUCAAUCUCUAGUGUUAUAUAUGUUUUAGGUGUGUAAAUAAUAAAAGUUAUAAUGGUAUAAGAUGAUGAACUAAUGAGAAUUGAGUUUACUA